CGUCAACCUUGCAAGUAGAGCACGCCACUCUUUGUAUCCGACGACACGAUGAUUUAACUGCCGAAAUGCAAUCCCUUAUUCGCCUCCAAUCAAGUUCGACUCGGGCGCUUCUUGCGCCAGCACGACGGAGAUGCGGUUAUCGUCCUUCCCCGUUCCAUGCCUUUGCUCGGUUUGCGACGACAAAGCCCCCCGGCCCUACCUCCGGAAAACUCGACCUCCUAGCGAUCGAUAGAAAAUGGCAGGCACAAUGGCAAUCGGAGGGACAACAUUCUACUGGCCGAACGGACGCGACCGACGACCGACCAAAGUCAUACAUUCUGUCCAUGUUCCCGUACCCAUCCGGCACGCUACACAUGGGUCACUUGCGAGUGUACACGAUCUCGGAUGUGCUGGCGCGCUUUUACCGAAUGCGCGGCUAUGAUGUCCUACAUCCGAUGGGCUGGGAUGCUUUUGGACUCCCGGCGGAGAAUGCGGCCAUUGAGCGAGGAAUUGAUCCGGCGGAAUGGACCAAGGACAAUAUAUCUAAGAUGAAGGAACAGCUUCGAAGCAUUUCGACGUCUUUCAAUUGGGAUAGGGAACUGGCAACCUGUGCGCCGGAGUUCUACGAGCAUACGCAGCGGAUAUUCCUCAUGCUCUACAAAAAUGACCUUGCAUAUCAAUCGGAAGCACUCGUUAACUAUGACCCGGUUGAUAAGACAGUGCUGGCGAACGAACAAGUAGACGCCAAUGGCUUCUCAUGGCGUUCUGGCGCAAAGGUCGAGCAGCUGAACCUGAAACAGUGGUUUUUCCGCAUCACUGCGUUUAAAGAAGCUCUUCUGAAAGACCUAGACUCUCUGGCGGGCGGAUGGCCGGAGCGUGUCCUCUCAAUGCAGCGCAACUGGCUGGGCAAAUCGCAUGGAGCAAGGGUCACCUUCCCGGUGGCGAGUGCUGGGACGGAAGUGAACGUUUUUACCACACGACCCGACACACUCUACGGGGUUGAAUAUCUUGCCCUUUCUUUGAAUCAUCCUAUCGUCCAAGCCUCAGCGGAGAAGGACGCAGAAUUACAACAGUUCCUAGAGAAAGCCGAAUCGUUGCCGCCGGACUCGAAAGCUGGCUACAAGCUGACCAACGUCACUGCUUCUCAUCCGCUGCACAUUAUCGACCAGGAGUGUCCUCAUAUUGCCCGUGAACUGCCCAUCUUUGUGGCGCCCUACGUCCUCGGCGACUACGGUGAAGGUGCCGUGAUGGGAGUUCCGGGUCAUGAUGCCAGGGAUUUGGCGUUCUUCAAGGAGAAUGAGAACCCCGAAUAUAUUCCGAUUGUUAUCGGACCAGAGCGCUCGGUUGGAACCGACCGUGCACCGGAAGAAAACGUCGCGUCUGCGAGUGACGCAAAGGCUUUCACUCAAGAAGGUUAUCUUACGUCGAGAUGUGGCAAGUACCAUGGCCUUCAUUCCCGUGAAGCCGGGGAACAGAUCGUCAAAGAUCUUCAAAGUGUCGCUCACGGCGAGGCCGUGGAACAGUGGAGGCUGAGAGACUGGCUCAUUAGUAGGCAGCGUUAUUGGGGCGCACCGAUCCCAAUCAUCCACUGCGGCAAGUGCGGGCCUGUUCCCGUACCGGAUGACCAACUUCCUGUUCAAUUGCCCAAAAUAGGCGGAGAAUGGUUGAAGGGGAAGAGGGGCAACCCUCUCGAAUCGUCUGAUGAGUGGGUACAUACCGAAUGCCCAAGCUGCAAUGGUCCUGCAAAGCGUGAUACCGACACUAUGGAUACCUUUGUCGACUCCUCAUGGUAUUAUCUUCGAUUUCUGGAUUCGGCCAAUAAGGAAAAACCGUUUUCGCCUUCAACCGUGCGACCGGUGGAUGUGUAUAUUGGGGGAGUAGAGCACGCCAUCCUGCACCUCCUCUACGCUCGCUUUAUCUACAAAUUCCUCUCCCAAUCCGAAUUGUUUCCGGAGCUGGCCCGGAAGGGCAACCUUGCCGCACCCUUUGAACCUUUCAAAACACUUCUUUCCCAAGGUAUGGUGCAUGGCAAGACAUAUUCAGAGCCUACCACCGGCCGAUUUCUACUUCCUUCCGAGGUAGACCUCUCAAGCCCGGACAAGCCGGUUAUCAAGGGCACACAAAUCCAGCCCAAUGUAUCUUUCGAGAAAAUGUCGAAGAGCAAGCACAAUGGUGUCGAUCCGACUUCAUGUGUCCUGAAAUAUGGCGCGGACGCCACCCGCGCCCAUGUACUGUUCUCUGCGCCGGUCAGCGAGGUCCUCGAGUGGGACGAAACGAAGAUCGUGGGCAUAGAGCGGUGGUUUGGUCGACUGUGGAAGGUCGUGCAGGAUACGCAGCAAAGUCUGAUUUCGUCGGGAUAUGCUGUGAACCCAGUCAACCCUGACCCCCUUCCCGACCGCUUGCAGGGUCUCAGCGAUAGUGACGCAAACGCUGUGCUUUCUACCCAUCGGACUAUUGUCUCCGUCACCAACUGCGUCGAAAACAACCCCUACGGACUGAACACCGUCAUUUCCGAUCUGACGAAGCUCACAAACUCACUGGUGUCGUCGACGCCCACCUCGCCCCAAAUCUCCUAUUUGUGUACAUCCUCUCUUCUCCGUCUUUUGGCACCUGUUGCCCCGGCGCUGGCGUCCGAAUGCUGGGAAAUUCUUCACCGCGACUCGACGGGGUCACAUGCCGAGAGUGACGGCGGCCGAGCUCACGUGCCUGCGGUGUUCGACGCUGGAUGGCCAACGCCGCCCUUGAGCUCUCAGCAGGCCGAUGCGCUGUCAGCACGCGGGGGUCAAGUCGUGGCGGUCCAAAUCAACGGGAAGAUGCGGUUCACAGUCACAAUUCCCCGACGGUUGUCGCCCACCACGGUCGCCGAACCAAGCGGUAAGGCUGGAGUCGCAACUGACGAACAGGACUGGAUUAUGUCGCGAAUCCUCGAGACCGACGAAGGGCGUGUCUGGCUGCGGGAGAGAAACGACUGGGAGAAACGAAGGCGGGUGAUCGUCGUCCAGGGCGGGAAGUUGGUGAACAUCGUCUUCUAGUCCCGGCGCGUGAAUUGUCGCAUGAGUGUCGCAUCGCAUGUACAACCAUCUCAAUUCCGUAAUUAUAGAAUAAAUGUAUUAUAGAUCUCGUAUGGUUUUUUUUUUUAUGCAACCGCGAUGGUCGCGACCUCGUCCGACGUGCAUUGAAUUCAUCCGAAUCAUUGCGAUCGCUUGAGGGGCAAGGCCGUGCCCCAAAUGAAAUCUAGGAUCCCAAAAUCUAGGAUCCCUCCUCAUUCUCAUCUGACCUGUCCAACUCCGAGGAAAUUACCUUCCCAGAUAAUUUGGGGAUCAAUUGGAGGCGUUCGAUGGCUCGCAUGAUGUGGUAGCAUGGGGAAAACAAGGUGGGGGGAAAGAAUUUCCCCUCAUGGGCGACCGGACCUUGGUGGCUAGCGUGAGACCGCGACGACGUCCUGUAACAUGCCGAUUCACAAAUGAGGGCGAACGAGGGGGGAAGAGAAAGGGAAGAGAGGGCGAAGAAGCGGGUCUUGGAUCGAUUCUCUGUGUUCGGUGGAAUCACGGCUGAAAGUCGGAUCACCGACCAACCCCCCCCAUGUAUGCCUGGACGUUCAACGCCAGUGACCGGUUCGGGUGGAUGCUUUUAUGGAAAUCCAUGAUAUCGGCCCCAUCGCUGGAUCAAGCUUAACGUCAGUGCCGAGUUUAGCUCUCAAUGAGGGGAAACAUUGAACAACGGCUUGGGGAUGGGCCCAAACUAGAUAGCAAACUGCAUGGCACCACUCGCGAGGAUACAGACCCGAGAUCGGCUGUUGCGGCGAGGCAACUGCUUGUCGGAGGAGCAUCCGCGAUGCCAGGCCAAUAUUAUUGUUAGACUCAAAGUGGG